AUGAAGGGUCUGGCUCUAGCUUUUCUGCUGCUCCUGGCCGGCAGCUGCAUGGCUGCCCCGGCGCCCAGGGAGCGAACGGAAACCGAUCCCGAGCUAAGCGCAGGCUACCUGGAGGGGGACAUGGUACCCAGUCCUGGGGCCCGGAACGGACUGCGCAACGAGACGUACCGCUGGCCAGAUCGCAUCGUCUACUACUACAUCAAUAGGGAUAUCGAUACCGAUCAUCGGAACCACAUACUGCGCGGCAUUCGGAUCCUCGAGCUGAACUCCUGCCUGGUGUUCAAGGAGGCCACCACCGACCAGGAAUACUACGUGAACGUCACCUCCGAGGCGGGUGGCUGCUACUCGUACGUGGGCCAUCGGAACCGGGUCCAGCAGCUGAAUCUGCAAAACUAUGCCCUGGACACGGGCUGCUUCCGGCUCGGCACCAUCGUGCACGAGUUCCUGCACGCCCUGGGCUUCUACCACCAGCAGAGCACUUGGGAUCGCGACGACUACGUGCGCAUCGCCGAAGAGAACAUUAUCGAGGGCACGGAGAACAACUUCAACAAGUACGACAGCGACACCAUCGAGGACUACGGCGAGCCGUACGACUACGCCAGUGUCCUGCACUACACGGCCUAUGCCUUCUCCAAGAACGGAGAGAUGACCAUCGUACCCCUGCAGGAGGGCGCCGAGGAGGUGAUGGGACAGCGUCUGCAAAUGUCCCAGUCGGAUAUCAACAAACUAAAUGUCAUGUACAAGUGCCCCAGACAGGUCUAAGCAGGAGUCAAAGCAGGCUCCUCUUUGAGAGAAAUUAAAGAUCUGAUAAAUAA